GAAACUGACGCCAGUGGGAGUUUCAUUCAUCACUUGAUAAUGGCAAUAAUCCCAGUACCCUGCACGUCAACAUUAAAGGUUACCUCUUCCGCCCCUGAUCGGACAGAGGAAUGGCAUGAAUGUCGAUUAGAGAUGAUGUGCCACAUUUCUUCAUGCCAAGUCACACAGCACAUCAAGAGGAGCAGAAAUACUGGAGUUGAGGAUCUGAUUGCUCAGAUUAAACAGGAACUAAGUGAUUCAUUAGGCUAACGUUCAAGCAAGCUGAGUAUCGAUUCAACUCAGACUGAUCAGCACAGUCUGCUGGGAAGAGGUGGAAGCCUACACGACAGAUGCCUUCGCUGGUCGGCUGGCAUUGCCCUGGCACUGAAGCUGGCAUUGCAGAAUCACUGAGGGACCACUGAGGACUUCACUUCAGGACACAGGGACUCCCCAUGCAGUGACUGCACCAGGAUUGCAGACUCUCAGCCAGUAGCGAUGAGAAUGAGAAGCAAAUAUGCAAUUAUUCUGUUUUUUGUUGCUGCUCUUGUGAUCAUUGAGAAGGAAAACAAUAUAAUUUCAAGGGUGUCUGACAAGUUAACAUUGAAAUUCCCACAGGCGGAAUUUGUGGGGUUGAACAACACAAUUUCUGCCCGAGCGUUGACUGAGAAUGACUCCCUUCUCAUUGGCACGAGCUCCUCCCUCUUGAACUGCGUCUCACCACAGGCUGGGACCAAGCGGGAAGAUACGAGGGACCCUCACGGCAGGAAGCACUUGAUAUUGAUGGCGACCACGAGGACAGGCUCAUCCUUCGUGGGCGAGUUCUUCAAUCAGAACAGCAACAUAUUCUACCUGUUUGAGCCGCUGUGGCACGUGGAAAGGACGGUCACCUUUGAACCGAAGGGCGCCAACGCGGUGGCCUCCUCCAUCGUCUAUCGGGACGUGGUGCAGCAGCUGAUGCUGUGCGACAUGUACGUCUUGGAGAACUUCCUGCUGCCAAUGCCCGACCAGCACAUCACCGCCUUCCUGUUUCGCCGUGGCUCGAGCAAGUCGCUGUGCGAGAGGCCCGUGUGCACGCCACCUUCGCUAACCAAGCGAGGGUGGAGCGAGAGGUUCCCCUGUCGGCUCCAUCGGUGCGGGCUGCUCAACAUGACCCUGGCCAUGCAAGCCUGCCUCCAGAAGCAGCACGUGGCCAUGAAGACUGUCCGCCUACGGCAGCUGGAGUUCCUUCGCCCGCUGGUGGAGGACUUCAGGAUCAACCUGAAGGUCAUUCAGCUGGUCCGCGAUCCCAGGGCGGUGUUAGCUUCCCGGAUGGUGGCCUUCCCAAGCAAAUACGAAGCCUGGAAGAAGUGGGCCAGCCAGGGAAUAGUGCCGGACGACGAAGAGGUUGGGAAGCUCCGGGGGAACUGUGAAAACCUGCGCGCCUCUGCACAGCUCGGCCUGAGUCAACCUGCUUGGCUCAAGGAUCGCUUCAUGCUGAUGCGUUACGAGGAUGUGGCUCUGGAGCCCAUGAAGAAGGCGUAUGAGAUGUACCACUUUGCGGGCAUCCCCAUCACGCCAGAGGUGGAAAAGUGGAUUUACAUAAACACCCAAACCGCGCAGGGCAGUGACAAUCUAUACUCCACACACAAGAACUCAUCAGAGCAGUUCGAGAAAUGGCGGCUCGCCCUCCCCUUCAAAAUCGCCGAGGUUGUUCAAAAGGUGUGCGAGCCGACGAUGAAACUGUUUGGCUACAAGCUGGCCAAGGACGCGGAAACGCUUGCAAACCGAUCGGCCAGCCUGCUCGAGGAUAGAGGAAGCCUUGGAAUUGUCUAACCGAGGGAGGGAGCUGCAGUCACCUGGAAAGGGCGGAAAGUAACGCCUUUGUUUUGCGGCCUGAGAGAUGAACCUCGAAGCUCAAUCGUUGCAAAUUCCUGUUUGGCCCUUCUGCAAAAGAUGCAAAACAAAUCCUGCAUCUCACAGAUGGGUGAGCAACGGCCUUGGAAGGCACUGCAAGGGGCAAGAGCAGCGGAUAAUAGGAACACAGAUAUAUUAAACACACACAAAAUGAGAGAUUUAUUUAUUCAGGAAAAAGAUUAUUUUUAUGACUUGAUUUUAUAAAGAUUUAGCGUGAUGUUAGGGCUAGGUUGGGAGACAGGGUUAAAGAGGAACUUAAUCUUAUUUGUAUUGAAUUUAGGCUUUAGACUGAAAUAUCAAAUUAUAGGAGAGGGCUUGAAUUCAUUUUGACUUUAAGUUAUAGAAAUUUUUUACAUAGAAUUUCAGAGUUUUUUUUUCAUCCCGAUUAUAGAGUUGGCUUUUGGACUUGAAGAUUCUAUUUUUGACAGUAAAUAUUGGCAUUUGGGGCUAAAUUUGAGGGGGUUGAAGUCUAUGUUUGAGGCUUUAAAGGUACAUUUUAGAUAAUUAGUGCCAAACUUUUGUUUUAUGGGGAGGGAAGUGGAAUUUGUUUUCCUUCUAGAUGGUUCUAGGCGAGAAUUUUCUAUUUGUGUCUGAGCUGGCUAACUCUGGAAUGCGUUCUACUCAGACACCUAAAUAAGUCUAGGUGAUAUUGUAAUCUAUGUAGAAGAGCAAAUGCUGGUCCAAGAAUGAAUUGGCUAUACUGACACAUUGACAAAACAUUUCAUUUCAAUUUAUGAGAAUAUAGUGAGAAGGUGUUCAUUCUCAAGGGGUAUUAAGGUGCACAGUAGAAUAUGAAAGAUAGCUGCACCCCCAAGAAGCAGUAGCAAGCUUGUGGGGGCGCACAAUAGGGAUUUUACACCACCCACACAUUUCCACUCAGUAUAUUGCAAUACAGGAACAACUGAUUGGCAAUUGGUGAGGAACUUGCCAGCUCACUCUCUCUGGUUGAGCAACGAAUUUGUUCACUCUAGUGUGGGAAACUGGUCCUAGAAACUCCUAUUGGCCAUGCUAGCAUA